AGUCUGCUAGCUUUCUGGCUGUAUCGCAGGCGCUCGUAUUUUGUCUGAAAAUAUCCACAAAUCUUCACCGUGUCAUAAGAGUGCGAGCGCGACAGCCCCGCCGAGAGCCCACCGGUGCUGCACGGACAGCUGUCCCCGUGGUCCCGAGGAAGAAUGAGUCCCACCGACGCCAAACGAGGAGCGAAGCGCAGGAAGCAGAAGCGGGGCGGCGGCGGCGGCGGCUGCGGCGGCGCGGUGUGCAGCUCCGGGGGCAAGGCCAGGAGCGCAGCCCGGGCUACCGCCGCCGCGACGCCCGCCCAGUCCGCCCAGCCCGCAGCCUUCCUUACGGCGCACGGCGCCGCAGCUGCGGACCCGCGACGCGGGGAGGUCCCAAUGAAUGGUGCACCACAGUUUUCCGAAGGGCCGGUAAAUGCCGACUUCUCCGGAGUCCUUCAGACCCCAUUUACCUUUGGCCUGAACCAGAGGGCCCCCUACACCACAGGCGAUCGCUGUCUGCUGUGUCGCAGUGAGCGGAAGGACAGUGCCUUGCAGGAAUCGGCCUCCAAUGGUACAGGCCAGUCUCCCAAAGCCCACAGUGCCCUCCAGUUGCCUCUCUACGUUUGUCCUGAUUGCAAGCGCACUGUGGAGAAGGACGGUCGCCAGCCCCCCUCAAACCCAUCUCCGUUGAGUCAGGACUUUCUGCUGCAGAUGCCUGUGGGUAAUGGCGGGCUAUCCCAGGAGACCAUGGGGGCCAGUGGGCGGCUUGUCAUGGGGGCGCCCAACCUACCGGCACCCGACCUCAGUACGCAGCUCACCACAGACACAGUGUGCAACUGUGAAGCCUGUAAUGGGAGGAGGGAGAUCACGGCUGAGUCGGAGCGUGAGUCCCAACUCCUCCAGAACCACUGGUCCGAAGUGCGCUACCUGGUCCGCUGUAUCUACCGCCAGACAGGCACCCCACUGGCUGAGGACCAGAACCAGCCGCUGGAGCGGGACCGGGACAGCAUGAAGGAGCUCGUGGACAGGCUCUGUGAGAAGGACCCGUACCAGCUAUACCAGAGGCUGGAGCAGCAGGCCCGUGAAUACGUCCUGGAGACCAAGGUGCGGCUGGUGCAGCAGCUGUCAGCCGGCUCCGAGGUGCCUGGCCCCGUGCAGGGGCCUCCGCAGGCCCACCAGUUCAUCUCACUGCUGCUGGAAGAGUAUAGCGCCCUCUGUCAGGCCGCGAGGAGCAUCAGCACGUUCCUGCUCACGCUGGAGAACGAGCACCUUAAGAAGUUCCAGGUGACGUGGGAGCUCCACAACAAGCACCUCUUUGAGAGUUUAGUGUUCUCAGAGCCUGUCCUCCAGAACAGCCUGCCCACUCUGUCUGCCCUGCUCAAGCAGGGCACUGCAUCACAUGACUCCUACAGCGAGGGUAUGUACAGGGCCCUGCUGGAUGGUCUGUGUGGUCUGGAGCAGCAGAUGAGGGCGGUGGCAGAGGAGUGGGCAGAGUGUGAGAAGAGGAUAGACGACUACGUAGACGAACAGCUGCUUUUUAAGGUGGAAGGACAGAACCUCACCAGUCAGAGGAACGAGCCACACAAGUCUCUCAUCAGUAAAAAUAUGUCUCUAAGAACCAGACAGCGUGUUGUCAAGGACGACGGGGAGAUCUUUAAACAGAGGAAGCUCUUUGAGGAGCAGUUUCUGCAGACCAGUAAGAAGUCUCUGGUGGGUGACAGCACGUUCACAGACACCGUGAAACAGAUGCUCUCCUCCAGACUCAACAUGGCAGACUGUCCCAACUGCAACUAUCGGAGAAGGUGCACGUGUGAUGACUGUAGCCUCUCGCACAUUCUCACGUGUGGGAUCAUGGACGCCCCCUUGGGGGAGGAGCUGCACCUGAAGAUUCCCGUGCAGGUGGAGCCUCCCCAGGACUACCUGUCUGAGGUGCAUCCUCCCAGCAUGUCCUCAGGCAGCUCUGGCUCCGCCUCUGGCUCUGGCUCCGCCUCCAGCUCGCCCAUCACGGUGCAGCAGCACCCCUGUCUCCGCCAGCCCCAGGACCGAGCCCCCACGUUUGGGAGUGACGAGGACGAGGAUGAAGUUCCGCCCCUGUCGGCCGUCUACCCCCUCAGCAGGUACGAGGAGGGCGGCGUGAACGGGUUGCACCCCCAGCUCAAUGGAGAGGACGCCGCUCUGGAGGACGUGUCUCCACGGGUUAGCAGCAGCAGUUCGUCGGAUGGCGAUGAGGAGGAAACAGAGGUUCAGAGUGGCACUCAUCCUCCAGGCCAGCAGGGAGAGCUCUCGCAAGGAAAGUCUGACAGUCCUCCUCCAUCUUACCCACAUGCACAGGCAGAGCAGGUGCAGCACCCGUGCGAGUGUCACGUGUGUAUCCAGGGCAGCAGUGAGGGUGUUGGGGCAGGUCUGGACACAGCUACCCUCCCCCCGGGGCGUCUACACACAGGGGCUCAUCAUUUCUUCUCUGAGAAGGGUGGUGGGGUCCCCCCAGCGCUCCACCUCUACCCCCACAUACACGGUCACCUGCCCCUCCACAACCUCUCACGCCUGCCCCGGCCUCUGCUACCCACACUGUACUCCAGCUCCCCCCUCACGCACAGCAAGACUCCGUCGCCGGCGUCUAACCACGCAGGUGUGAAGCCGCAGGUGCUGAGUCCAGCCCUGCCGGAGCACAUGUUCCAGGGCUGCUUCGCAGGGGGCCGAGACUGGAACAGCACUCUGCCCUGCCCCUCACUCAAGUUCGAGAGCCUGUGGGACACGCACAUGAUGAAGAACUGGAGCCCCAGUGUGCUUCUCCAGGAACCCCUGCCUGGUGACAUGUUGGCUCCGCCUCUCCCCGACGUGCCCCUCCUCUCUUCCGGCUUAGACUCUGCCUGCUCCACCACAGGCUCCUCCCCUCUCCCCGCCCCCGAAGGCAAGGAGAAGAAGAACGCCUCUAAGAAGAAGUGUCUGUUUAACUACCAGGAUGCCUUUAUGGAGGCCAGCGAGGUCCUGUUGGCCACCUCGUCCACGGUGUCCUCUGUGUCCAGCACUGCCACCACUGUCCAGUCCAGUAAUACUCACAUCCACCUGUCGUCCAAAAGACCCACAUCGCUAGGAGACGUGUUUCACAACGUGGUCCCAGAAGACCACUUGCAGCCCAGCGCCGUCGCUCCCAGGAAGAGUCCCGCAGGUUCGGCCUCGCUAGCCCCGCUCAGCGGCUCCCCCAUCCCCCCUCCACCCAGCACACACCUGCCCAGCAUGGGCGCACCGCACUUCCCAAAGACUGUAACUCCAAGCCCUGGCUUCAUGGAGGCCCACCCAGGCCUGUGCCUGUCUGCUGACGAGCACCCUUCUGCCACGACCGAAGGUCAAGUCAGCGCGUCCAACAGCGUGUGCAGUGAUCCAGACUGUGAGGGCCAUCGCUGUGAGGGCAGCAGUGUGUACGAGCCCCAGACAUAUGAUGGAGAAGAGAGCGGCGACGAGGACAGCUGUUCUGAGCACAGCUCCUCCACCUCCACCUCCACCAAUCAGAAAGAGGGGAAGUACUGCGAUUGCUGCUACUGUGAAUUCUUCGGUCAUGGAGGGCCUCCAGCUGCACCCACGAGCAGGAACUACGCCGAGAUGCGGGAGAAGCUCCGCCUGCGGCUCACCAAGCGAAAGGAGGAGCAGCCGAAGAAGGAGGAGGCAGGGGUGGAGCGGGAUGGGGUGGAGGAUCACCGCAAGGUGGAGGACCUGCUACAGUUCAUCAAUAGCGCCGACAGCAAACGGGCCAGUAGCAGCAAGGCUGCCAAACGCGCCCGCCACAAACAGAAGAAGCUGGAGGAGAAGGCGCGUCUGGAGGCGGAGGUGCGUGAGCGUGAACGGGAGGAGGAGGAGCAGGAGGCGGAGCAGGAGGCGGAGUCGCUGAAGCAAGAGGCGGAGUCUCUGAAGCAGGAUCUUCUCCGGCAGCUCCGCACAGCCAAGAAAAAGAAGAAGGAGAGUAAGUCCAAAGAGGCGGCAGCCAAACCCGAGGCCCCGUCCCAUGGCCCCGACCACAGCCCCCAGCCGCUCCGCCAGACUGCACAGAACGUUCUGGAGAGCAUGCAGAGUAGCAAAGUGCAACUGCUGCACAGCCUCAUCCAGCUUGGCGCCAAGGAGCCCCGCCUGGAUUCAGACGCUCCGCCCCCAGCCAGGCGAGGCCCCUCCCCUCAGCACAGUCCAAAGAGCUGUAAAGAGAAGCCCACAGAGACUCCCGGGCUUCCCAACAGCAGCGGGCCUCACUUGGAGCCCAACGGCAAGGCCAGACCCAGGCAGCAGCCCAGCGGAAAGAGGCCAGCCGACGCCUCGCAGCCUCCAGAGUCCACACCGAAAGGACCCACCCCUCAUCCGGGGCCCAAGCCCCGUAUCCCCGAGGAGGUGCCUCCGGAACCAAGAAGGGAGGAACGUAGUAACGCAAAGAAGCAGCUGAAUGGAGGGAAAGAGGAGAGCAGCUCGCCUGGGAGCGACGCACCCCAUCUGAAUGGGAAAGCCACGCCCACAGACUCCCCCCAGACCAAAGGCAAGGCCAAGAAGAACAAGAAGAAGAAAGCAGACAAGAUGAACAGCUCCAUAGAUGAUGUGUUUCUGCCCAAAGACAUCGAUUUGGACAGCGUUGAUAUGGACGAGACGGAACGUGAAGUGGAAUAUUUCAAAAGGUUCUGCUUGGACUCUGCCCGACAGACCAGACAAAGGCUGUCCAUCAACUGGUCCAACUUUAGUCUCAAAAAAGCCACUUUUGCUGCCCACUGAAAGGAGUUUCCCUUAAAGAGACUGCCAGGAAUCAAUCAGCAAUCUCGCCCUCCAUCCCUCUCUCCUUCCCUCUCUCUUUUCCUGUUUGUUCUUCCACUCUGUUCACCAGGCUGACUGCUGCUCCCUGUGCUGCUAUGCUCCAACCACUUGCUCCUCUGGACUACAUUACCCACGCUGCCUUGCCCUGUCCUUGUUGCUGUGCGGUUCCUAUGGAGAACCCAAAUUCGGCUUCGUAUUCUUGCAGUACUUGACGAGGAAGAAAAGAACAAAGACAGAAACAGCCCGAAUGGUACUCGAGUUUUUGUUUCCUUGUUUUCUCCUUUUUAAAAAUGUUGGCGUGCGGUUUUUGUCUGCGAGCUGUGCGUUUCUGUGGCGUGUGCCACGGUCCACAUGUUCGUCUGGCCUUCCCGGUGGGCACAAAGCUUACCGUGUGUCUGGAUGAAGGCUUCGCGAAACAGACAAAUUGAAAAAAAGCUGAAUGUGUUCAGAAUGAAGCAAAGGGGGCAAAAACAGCCUGUUAUGGCCAGUAAUGGUGGAGUGCAGCUCUGGACACAGCGCUUCCUGCCAGUGAGCUGAGCGCGGGAGCAGUGUGGCCACACCAGGAAGAUGGCAGACACUUGACUGACCGUUCGUGUUGGGUUUCUCAGUUACAUUUAACAGCUGUUCAGUAAAGUGUUAAAUAAAUCAUGUUUUUUUCUUUUCUUUCUUAUGUUCGACUUGUAGCCAGCUUAUAUCAGAGUACUUUCAGAAUCAGAUUGAAAGAAAAGAACAAUACUCCUACUAUCGAUCUGUUAUAGAGUGUAUAUUGUAUUAACACUGAAGCCUGACUGGCUACUUUUUAACAUAUUGUUAAGUAAUAUUAAAAUCUUGUCUUUCUUUUUUGAAAGAUGGAAUACAGCAGAAUGGCAGAGG